AAGUGCCGCCCCGCUCCUCCGCUCUGUGCUGAGGGGCCGGGGCCCACGGACCGGGACCAGCUCCGGGACAGGCACGGCGGGACGCGGCCCACACGGCGAGACAGGUACCGGCACGGUGGGACACGGCCCGCGGGGAGGUACCGGCGCUCGUGCCCGGCUGUGGAAGGUCCGGGCCGUUCUUUCCCCGGGACAGUUUUAGGCCAGCGCUGCCCGUUGUUCCUUCCCAGUGCUGCGCUCUGGGCCCCGCUGUGCUGCCCCUCAUGGAGCCUUUCCUCCGGGCUAUGCCCUUUGGCACGGGUGACCUUUACAGAAACUCCUAAAGGCUUCAAAGAAUUCAUUUUAGGCAAAAUAAAUGAAAUAAAUUGUUCUGAUAAAGUAAAAUGGAUCCUUGUUCAGUUGGAGUUCAGCUUCAAGCUACCAACGAAUGCCAUAAGACCUAUUACACCCGUCACACUGGCUUCAAGACUAAACAGGAUAUAUCUUCAUCUGACCUCCUGCUGCUUCAGCUUAGGACUGGAAUCACCCUGUCAGAGAACAACACCAUCUGCUUCCACCAUGCAAAAAUUUACAUUGAAAGAUUUGAAGACUUACAAAAAUCCUGUUGUGAUCCCUUUAACAUACACAGAAAACUAUCAAAGAAAAACUUGCGAGCAAUUGACUUAGAUGAUGCAGCUUUUCUAAGUGCCAAGUUCGGAAGACAGUUUGUUCCUGGCUGGAAGCUUUGUCCCAAAUGUAUGCAGAUUAUAAAUGGAAGUGUGGAUGUGGAACCUGAGGAGCGACAAAGAAGAAAACUGGAUCCAGAUGGGCGUACAGCUAAGGCUUUAAAGUCACUCCAGUUUACUAACCCAGGACGACAGACUGAGUUCACUCCAGAGACCAGUAAAAGGGAAAAAAGAAGGCUGCAAACAAAAAUAUCAAUGUUUAAUUCAGACAGGCAAGUGAUACCAGCCAAGAGUAAAGUGUAUGACAGCCAGGGCCUGCUGCUGUACAGUGGGAUGGACCUGUGUGACUGCCUGGAUGAAGAUUGCCUGGGCUGUUUCUACGCCUGCCCCAAGUGUGGCUCCAACAAGUGCGGCACGGAAUGUCGCUGUGACCGCAAGUGGCUCUACGAGCAGAUUGAGAUCGAGGGGGGAGAGAUCAUUAGAAAUAAGCAUGUUGGGUAGUGUAUAUGUGCAUUAUUUAAUCCUGACUGUAUGGUCCAUGCCUUGAUUACACGCAGCACAUUCAGCAUUUAGCAGUUUAAUGGAAGCUGUUGGAAUUUGUCACAAUCCACGUGAUGCAUCAGUGUGAUUAGAGGCAUAGCCAUACUGCUGUUUUUUCACACUUGAGUGCAUUGUACUAAGGCUUCUUAGUCAUCCAGGUAAGAUCUCACUGGACAACUGUAUUCAAGUACAAGGUGCUAAAUUCUAAUGUAAGCUAUCCUGAGCGCUCACUGUUCCUUCAUACAUACAUGUUUCAUAAAAUGAACCAUCUCCAUGAAUCCCUCAUUUCUCCUUCUCAAAUUCAGGAUCUCAUGGGUUUAAAUCUGUUUUCAUUGAACUUACAUGCAGUAUUAAUAAAGCUCUCUUGCUAGUAUUAAUAGUGAAUACUGUAUCUUCUAUAGGGUAUUGAAGCUACAUCUGAUAAAUCCAAUCCUGUUCGCUUUAAAAAGGAGUCAAAAGCAUUUAGGUGUUCAGAUCUCAUCCCAGUUACUGGGAUUUGAGAUCAAGUUAUCCUUAUUAAUUCAUAAGAAUAUUAAUUAAUAUGAAUUAAUAUGAAUUAAUUUAAUAUUAGUUCAUAUUAAAAUACUGAAGUUAACCUGUCAAGGCAUUGUGAUUAUUUUGUUGAUUUCUGUGGAACAAAAUUUAAAUAAUUUUUCUCUGUUAUCAGUCUGUAAUUGGGCUGAACCAGUAUUUCAACAGCCCUCUCCCUGUUUUUUUCAGUUUACUGGUUUUAAAGGUUUAUAUGCAGCUAAAAUGAACUUGAGUUUCUGUUACCAAACCAAGGUUAUCUAGACUGUUACCAAAAAAAAAACAGAUGAAUGGAAAGUAUCUUUGGUUGAUACAUUAUCUGCCCUCAUAACAUUAAACUUUUACACUCUAGAAAGGAUUAUUGAAAAGAUUUUAUAAAUGAAGUCUUAGUAAUUUUUUUUCUUUGCAUUUUUGUUGUGUUUUGUAUCAAUUUCUUAUUCUUUGAUGACUUGGAAUAUCUGCAUGUUUGUUAGGUCACAUUUUUUUCAAUAAUACUGUUAACUUCUUGACUGUAAAGUUGUACAGUCUUGCUGUGUGCUCAGCAGACUUUUUUCUGUUCUGGUGUCAUGAAUGUUGCAUUGCCAAAAUCCAGUUAUGCUUUGAGUUAUGCUGACAUCUGCUGGUCCUACUGGAGUAUAAGCACUGAGAUGCUACACUUUUAUUAGAUCUGUUAUAAAAAUAAUCAGACACUUUUUUUUUUUUAUUGUCAGAGCAUUGGCAGUUGUUGUAGUCAGUUGUCUCUCACUGUUUCAUAUCUUAAGCAAUCUUGUGGAUUAGAUGAAAAUAUAAACAGGUUAUGUCCAGGAGAGUGAGAUGGGAAAAGCUGGCUGAGUUGUGUCAUUUAUGUGCAUUUAUUAUUUUUUUUAAUUAUACCAGAAUUGGCAGUAUCCAUUGUUAAUAAACUUAACUUCUGUGUGUGUGAUGAGUGUAAGCUCUUCAGGUCCACAGCCAGAUUUUGGAUUCAGUAACUACCAGUAACUUAAGCUACCUAGAGCAUCUCAUUAAUAGAACUGUAUUUCUCCAUCUCCAUUAAGGCUGUGCAAAGUCAAUACAUUCAGCCUCUCAUUUUACAGAUGCACUAUCAGGUGAUUCUUUCUCAAAUAAAACAGUUGUUUCCUAACAGAA